CAAUUAUUAUAAAUGAUUACCGGAAAGAAAAUAAAUAUUUGCCUGACUAUGGUCGAGUGACGAGUGUGGAGCAGGAGGUGUUUCUCUCAUCAGCAUCUUUCUCUUUCUCUGUUACAUAUCCUGUUGGUAAAGGUCAUGUGAUUACACAGUGAAUGACAAAAGGGAAUUUAGCUCUAGGUCAAUUCUCAAAGAACGUUUCAUCUGCAUAAUGCUCUUACUUCAGUUUAAAAUUCCCUGGAACAUUUAAUUAUGGCCACUGCAAGAGAUAGCAAUGAUCCAACAGAUAUCAAUCGCGUUUUGGAAAAUUUGGGAAGCCUGAUUGGUGAAUUGGAUGCCUGUGUCACAGAAAAUGAUGGAAAGGCUGUUGCCAGUGAAGUGGAAGACAAUGAAAACUUUGGUGUACAUUUGGAAUUCUUGCUAGCUGACACAGAUGAGUUUGAUGAUGAUGAAUAUCAGUGUCUUAUUCCUCGUCGAAGAUCAUCUUCACACGUAACACCUACCAGCACCAUCAAUCAAAGUCGUGACAAGGGCUUAAUGGAAAGAGCAGUCAGUUCAGCUCACACUUCUCCCCAACAACCACUUAAUUCAAACUCUGGUUCUGUAAACAAGACACAGGAAAAUCAGUACACCACUCCACCAAAUAGGAGUGGUUAUAAAGAGGCUUUCAAAGAGGUUGCCCUAAGUGUGGAGUUGCAAGGAAGUUUCAAAAAAAUUGAUGAAAGUUCAGUCACUGCUUCAGCUCAGAAGAAUGCUGCACCCAAUCACAAUGCAGCUUCCCAUGCUAAAGCAAAGCCUAAUCAUUAUGUUGCACCCAGUGAACUUGGUUUUAAUAGACACAAUCCUGAAAAGUCUGGUGCCACAACAAAUGGAAUGGUGCACUGCAGUCAGCAAUGCAUAACACAAGAAAAACUUAAAAUGCAGCACAUAACAGUGGUAGUUUUUGAUGAGGAUGGCAAUCCUGUUGGAUUGGAAGUUUCAUCUGCUAUGAGGGCUCAGGAAGCCUGUUACAGGCUAGCAAUAUUAAAAAAAAUUGAGGAUGAUCCUCAGUGGGUGCUGACAGAAUAUCUGACUGACCUAGGCAUUGAGCGUAACUUAGAAGAUCAUGAGAAUUUAAUGUCCAUAUUGAAAACAUGGGCACCUGGUUCAAACAACAAGUUGUUGUUUAGAAAAGAUCUUAGAAAGUACCACUUCUUUGCACACACAACUAAUUAUUUCCCAUCACAUUUGUUGGACUCUGAAAGUUCAGACAAAGCAGUCACAGAGAAAGCACAGAAGGCAAAGACAAUCUUACAACAGAAACUGUUCAGUACCUGUACCAGAGUCCCACAAAUAGAGGGGAUUUUACAUUGCAAAGAUUUUGGGAAAAAGUCAUGGAGCAAGAAAUUCUUUUUCCUGAGGGGAUCAGGUCUUUAUUCUUCCAGUAAAGGAAAGUCAAAGGCUUCUAAAGACUUGGAAUGUUAUGUUCAAUUUGAUGGAGCAAACCUGUACAACAUUAUAAAUCCUAAAAAGUCUCACAAAGCGCCAGCAGAGUUCUGUUUUUGUAUAGUGCCUUAUAGGGCACGAGAGCUGAAGGAGCUGAAGUGUCUUUGCACUGAUGAUGAGAAAACAAUGAUGAGUUGGAUGAUGGCUGUCAGAAUUGCUAAGUUUGGACCUCAACUCCGACAAAAUUACGACGACAUGAUACGAAAGUUUGCCAAGUUAACGAAGUACCGCGAACAGACAUCUGAAAGUCAGAACGCCUCGAGCGAAAAAGAAGACGAAGACAUGAAAGAGACGACAAAGGAAGGACGAGUUCCAAUGGAUUUCACCGGUGAAAGAGGAAAAGUCAUUACGGAUUUAAACGAAAUUCAACAACUGGCUAACACAAGAAACAACGUAAAACUGAGUAAACGAAUAUCAUCUCAACAUUUCAUUUCAACUCACACCGCUACUUCAGGGCACCAUUUCGUCAAUGAAUCGUGGUUUCACGGAAGAAUUACAAGAGAACACUCGCUACACUUACUUGCUGCUGCGGGAAUAGGCGACGGGUUGUUCCUUGUGCGUGAAAGCAGCAGCGUUCCCGGUGUGUUUGUGUUAACGUUUUGCAUGAACAGAAAAGUCUACCACUGUCAGCUUGUUCAGGACAUCGGCCAAGGAAGCAAAACUUUCUUUAGUCUUGGCAAGGGACCAGCAUUUGAAACCUUACAACAACUGAUUUACUUUUACCAACGGAAACCAAUCAAUGGCGUCACUCUCGCCCUGCGCACUCCAUGUCCCAAAUCAGGAUAGAGUAAAAAUCUGCGACUUGUUUGUUGUCCUUGGGUAGAUCACGUGAUCUUUCAGAAACAGGUUGGAAACAAACACAGUACUCUCACUGAACUGUGACACGUCACUUUCGACAUCAAGACUUCAAGACUUUACGUGAAUAGCAAAGCGAGACAAUAAUAUCAAUCCAAUUGAAAAUCAUGAUUUUGAUUAGCACUGAUUACUGCUGCUGAGCAUGUAAAAUUGUAAAGUACCUCAGUCAUCUACGUAAAGUAUGGGUAAUUUUUUCGCUUUUUAUCGAUUAAGUUCCUAAUCAUUUCGCCUUUGUGUAGAUUAAAUAAUAGCAAAGUGUGACAAUUUAUCAUCCCUCUGUCGGUUUUCUCAUUGGUAACUACAUUUAUACCAUUUUGACACCUUUUUCCCCUUGAUAGAAGAACAAACUCCUCUUCUUCAGAAGCAGUUAUGCAAGGAUUUACCGUUAUGAUUCAUAACUAACCAGUUGAUCAAAAAUUUUAAUAAAUUCGUCUACAUAAGAUUUUUGAAACGUUGAAGAAAAAAAAUAUUAUCACAGAAUACGCUAUUUACCCCUUGUAAAUGAAACAAAAUGACGAAGGAUAUGCAUGAUGAUAUAUUUGAAACCUAUAAUUCAGAUGCACCUCGUGAAGGUGAAUGUAAGACUUGUAAAUAGUUUUAUCAACGGUGAUUAUAUAAACAAAUUAAAAUGCCAAUCCCAAUC